AGACAUCGAACAAGAAGACGGCGGUUGACGAAAUUCGCAGUGCAUAAUUGAAAUUUAAUAAUGGUACUCGAUUUGGAUUUGUUUCGCAGCGAUAAGGGCGGUAAUCCCGAUGCUGUGCGCGAGAACCAAAAGAAGCGCUUCAAGGAUGUAGGACUGGUCGAGACGGUAAUUGAGAAGGACUCCGAAUGGCGUCAGCGACGUCAUCGGGCCGACAACCUGAACAAGGUGAAAAAUGUCUGCAGCAAAGUAAUUGGCGAGAAGAUGAAGAAAAAGGAGCCCGUCGGUGCUGAAGGCGAAGAAGUGCCGGCCGCCAUACGCGCGGAUCUGACCCAAAUUACGGCCGAGACGCUGCAGUCAUUGACUGUGAAUCAAAUUAAACAGCUGCGCUUACUCAUCGACGAUGCCAUGACUGAAAACCAAAAGUUGCUGGAGGCUGCUGAACAAACCCGAAACACGGCACUGCGUGAGGUGGGCAAUCACCUGCAUGAGUCUGUGCCCGUCUCCAAUGACGAGGAUGAGAAUCGAGUGGAGCGCACCUUUGGGGAUUGCGAGAAGCGCGGAAAAUAUUCUCAUGUUGAUCUGAUUGUUAUGAUCGAUGGCAUGAACGCCGAAAAGGGUGCUGUAGUAUCUGGUGGGCGUGGCUAUUUUCUCACUGGCGCCGCUGUAUUCCUCGAACAAGCGCUCAUUCAGCAUGCCCUACACUUGUUGUAUGCCCGCGAAUAUACGCCGCUUUAUACACCAUUCUUCAUGCGCAAGGAAGUCAUGCAGGAGGUGGCGCAGCUCUCGCAAUUCGACGAGGAGCUGUAUAAAGUUGUCGGCAAGGGUAGCGAGCGGGCUGAGGAGGGUGGCACUGAUGAAAAGUAUUUGAUAGCUACUUCGGAACAGCCCAUUGCGGCAUAUCAUCGUGACGAGUGGCUGCCAGAGACUUCACUGCCUAUUAAAUAUGCCGGUUUGUCUACAUGCUUCCGCCAGGAGGUCGGCUCACAUGGACGCGAUACCCGUGGCAUAUUCCGCGUGCAUCAAUUUGAGAAGAUCGAACAAUUCGUGCUUACCUCGCCACAUGAUAAUAAAUCUUGGGAAAUGAUGGACGAAAUGAUUGGCAAUGCAGAGAACUUCUGUCAAUCGUUGGGCAUUCCAUAUCGUGUGGUCAACAUCGUCUCUGGCGCCCUCAAUCAUGCUGCCUCCAAGAAACUUGAUCUGGAAGCCUGGUUCGGUGGCAGCGGCGCCUACAGAGAGCUGGUCUCCUGCUCCAAUUGCCUAGACUAUCAGGCACGUCGUCUACUUGUUCGCUAUGGCCAGACGAAAAAGAUGAAUGCUGCAGUGGAUUAUGUGCACAUGUUAAAUGCUACUAUGUGCGCCACAACGCGUGUCAUUUGCGCCAUUCUGGAAACACAUCAGACGGAGACAGGUGUUAGGGUUCCAGAGCCUCUGAAAAAAUAUAUGCCGGCCAAGUUCCAAGAUGAGAUUCCUUUUGUUAAACCGGCGCCCAUUGAUUUGGAACAGGCUGCUGCCGCUGCCAAGGGCAAAAAGGAGAAGAACAAGAAAGAUGCAGCUGCCUAAGCUGAUAAGCGACUCAUUAUUAGAACACAAACAACUACGCUUUCAACUCUAAAUUUGUUUAUGUCUAUGUUAGAUUUUCUAUUUAUGGCAUUUAUGUAAUUUUUAUGAUAAUAAAAUUCGAUCCAAAAUGCGCUUCAAA